AUGGCCGAGAAUCAAGAGGCACCGACCAAAUCGGUGUCGCGGCUGAAGCAGGAGGUCAUCGACUGGCAACGCCAGUCGCUGUACCACAAGCAGCAUGCCGCUGCCUUGCAGCAGGAGAUUGAGAUCCUGCGCAAGAUGCUGGUUAAGCACAAGGUCGACCCUCACAAGCUGCCGCAACCGGCAUCGCCCGCCAAAGCGUUGCACGUCUUUGACGAGGCUGCUUAUCUCAACGAGCGCAGCACCUUGCUGGAAAAAAUAAGCGAGCUGACCGAGGAGGUGCAGGUUGAACGCCUGCGCGCGGCAGGCCUUGAUCUGCGCCUCAAAGAAACACUGGCCGAAAACAACCAGCUCUGCCAUCGUGAGGGCAGCGUGGCCCGCCGCUACGAGGAACAGCUUGCCGAGGCACGAGAUGAAAUCAAGCGUCUUGACUCGAUGAUGCGCACUCAUGCUUCCACUCGCGAAUUGCGCAUUCGCCAAGACUUGGUGGCUCAAGCCGAGUCCAAGCUCCAUGCCCACUACGCCCAAGAGAUUGCUCAAAUCAAGCAACAAGCCCGGGAUGCAGCCACUGCGUUUCAGGACACGCUCGAAGAGGAACUGCGCAAGGUUCACAAACAUCGGCAGGCCGAGCUCCGACUCUUGAUGGAGCAACAUUCGCGUACCCUCGAGCGUCUUGAGCGCGAGCAUCAAGAUGGUGGGUUCAGCUUUGCGGCCCCAAUCCGGGUCACCUGCUUUGCUUGCAAGCUCACCUCUAGUGUUCUUUUUCCUUUCUCGUCUCUAUCCAAAGAGAUGGAGCGUAUUACCGAGGUUUGGCGCCGCAAACUCGGAGUGGUCGAGCGCUCCAACAAGGUCUUGGCAAAUCCGGAGCAGCUAACUGCAGCCGUGACCAUGCAAACCAAGCUCCUCGAGCUUGCAGCUCGCCGUAGUGCCGCUGCAACACCGCACUCCUGA